AUGAAGAAAUAUACAAAAUAUUUGGUGGAAAUACCAACUCAUGAAUAUUAAGAGAAGAAGGUCUAUUAUGUCAUAAAAGUAACAAAUUUAGAGACAAAUGAUUUCAAGGAAGUAAAGAAACGAUAUUCUGAACUUGAAUCAAUUCACUAUAAAAUUUUGGAAUGGAUCAACAUUUUCAAAAUUAGAAUCCCUUAGUUAUAAUUUCCAAAAAAAAAAAUUUUUUUUCUCAGCACUAAUCUAUCGGAAGAGAGUGUUAAUAAGCGUAGAGCUGAAUUAUAAAAAUAUUUUAAUGAUGUCUUCUCACAUCCUGAAUUGCAAAGUUUGGGUUUAAUUGAGGACUUCAUUCCUGUGACUAAAAACAGAAAACCGCUUGAUUAGAGUCAAAUAUCUCAAAUUCCUAAUAAUUAAUGGUCAGAAAUAGAGGCAUUAAAGAAAUCUUACUUAGCCAAACAUGAAAAUCAGGUUUUUUCAUUACCCAUAGUAAAGCCCCAACAACAAAUUAAAUAGUAAUACACUUUUAAGUUUGGCGAGCAUGGUUUUUUUGAUAAUUCAGCAAUCUACACAAUUGAAAUCACUGAUCAUUAUGCUAAUAAGAGUUGGAAAUUCAAUCAAAGAUACCAGGAUUUGAAGGAAAACCAUAGAUAAUUGAGGAAAAUCUAGAAUUCAUUUGAACUACCAGAGUUCCCUCAUAAAAAGGUCAUUAGUUCCAUGGAUAAUACUGAUUUAAAAGAUAGAAAAACAUAAUUAGAAGUCUAUUUGAAUUCAAUAUUUAAACAUCAUGAUUUAGUUUCAAGCAAUCUUAUGAUAUUUUUUAUUGCCAAAAGUCAAUUGGAUGGGAAUGAAAUUGGAUGUAGAUCUAAAGGUCCAUCAUAAACAACAUUAGAAAAUUCAAGUAUUAUAAGCUAAUCUAAUAUCUUGGAUUAAAAUGAUGACUUUGAUCCUAAACAACCGAGAAAAAUUACCUGUUGA